UAAUUUUUCCAGCAAAUUAAUGUCUCUCCACCUGCAUGUUUUCAGCUUUGAGCAUUAACAAGUCAGCUUCCUCUUCGUGGGUUACUCUUCCAUCUGUGUAGUUAAUUUUUCCAGCAAAUUAAUGUCUCUCCACCUGCAUGUUUUCAGCUUUGAGCAUUAACAAGUCAGCUCAAAGCGAAGAUCAUUAUUUGGCAUCCUCUUCUUGUGUUACGUACUCUUCCAUCGUUGUAGUUAAUUUCCAGCAAAUUUCUCCACCCUCGCGCUUUCAGUUUUGAGCAUUGACAAGGUACGCUUGUCUUAAUCCCCAGCUAUAGAUAGUGCUAACUACAUUAUUUUGACUCAAAAUUCAUUUUACCAUAUGUUUUCUUUGGCCUUUUGCCAUCUUUCCGUGCGUAUAUACGUAAUUAAGUAUAACUUCAAAUCGUUACUUUUUUGGUUGUGCGUGUUUUUUCUUCAUUUUUACGUUGAAUAAUCCCUAUACAGAUACUGCUAUAUUGAACAUAGAUAACAUUAGGUGAUUUAAUUAGUAUUGUUUAAAUAUAUUUUUAUUUAAAAA